AUGAGGAGCUCUUUCCGAGCAGAUCGAGCCAUCACUUACAGAGACCGCACCAGUCCCAUCAACCAUCUUCCCUUCAGUCGCCCCAUCCGUCCAAAAAGCUCUCAAUCCACUCACACCCAAUUUCUAACUCCACAAACCGCCAAAAAUAUCCAAAUUAUCGUCGAUUUUGAUCACGAAAAUCUAUCAAAGUCCACUGUU